CUCAGGCGGGAGUCGAUCAGCUCGGAAGCGGGUUGAACGAAUGCCUUUCUAGCCUUUUAAGGUCAAAUUAUGGUGGCACACGAAGGCAUCUAAGAGCAUGUCAGCAUGGCCAGACUACUCCGCUUUGCAGCUGCGGGGGCUUUUUUACAGCCCGUAAAGCGAGGCGUCAAUGGCUGUCCAAGUUUUGUGCUCGCAUAUGAACGGAGGCUGGUCAAUGGAUGGGAAGGCCUCAGGUACAGCUGUCAAUUUGCUGCAGGCCCCAGAGAGCCAUUGGCAGGAGCUCAGUUGUCAGCUGUGCAGCCUGUGCCCUUGCAGGAAAGAGUUUCGGAGGCAUUGCAAGCAAUUCAGUCCAGAUUAGGGUUUGGAAGCUCGUUCAGGGGGAAGCAUCCUUCAAGCAAUCCAGCUUCGACCCAGCUUCUUCUUGGUACCCAGCAGCAAACGCAUGCUAAUGCUGCUAAAUGUGUGCAAGCUCAAGGGUUUACUUGGUUCGGCCAUCUUUUAGACCAACCUGCUCUUCAUACUUUCAAUAGUGAGUCCAAUCCGCGCGCCAGCUCUGGGGUUUGCAGGAGAUUCUCCUCAAGUACUGGGGAAGAUGUUGAGCCCAGAGAGGGCAUGGACUACGAUGUUGUGAUUGUUGGAGCCGGCCCUGCGGGGCUGUCUGCUGCCAUUCGCUUGAAGCAGAAAUGCGCGGAGGAGGGAAAGGACCUGAGCGUAUGUGUGGUGGAGAAGGGGGCACAAGUAGGCGCGCACAUCCUGUCCGGAAAUGUCCUGGAGCCCCGUGCACUAGAUGAGCUCCUCCCCAACUGGCGAGAUGAGGAAUCCCCCAUCAAGGUCCCUGCGACCAACGACCGCUUCUACUUGCUGACGGAGAAACGUGCCAUUCGGAUGCCCUCUCCCUUUCAAAACCACGGCAAGUUUGUAACCAGUCUGAGUGAAGUCACACGGUGGCUAGGCUCCAAAGCGGAGGAGCUCGGAGUGGAAAUCUAUCCAGGAUUUGCAGCGGCUGAGGUGCUGUACUCGGAGGAAGGGGCGGUGAGGGGCAUCGCCACCAACGAUAUGGGCGUAGCAAAGGACGGCUCGCGCAAGGACAGCUUCCAGAGGGGGAUGGAACUGCGAGGCCGGGUGACGCUCUUCGGCGAGGGUUGUCGAGGCUCGCUGUCAGAGACGCUGAUGAAGCGGUUCGGGUUGCGAGAGAAGGCCAAAGCCGACCCGCAGUCGUACGCUCUCGGCAUCAAGGAGGUUUGGGAGGUCGACCCUGCCAAGCACGAGGCUGGCUCGACUAUUCACACUGUGGGCUGGCCCCUGGACCGGCACACGUACGGCGGGUCCUUCAUCUACCACAUGGCGGACAACCAGGUUGCGAUUGGGUACGUUGUGGCCCUGGACUACAAGAACCCGUACCUUAGCCCCUACCAAGAAUUCCAGCGGUUCAAGCUGCAUCCGUUUGUGCGGCCUCUGCUCGAAGGGGGAACCUGUGUGCAGUACGGCGCGCGGUCCCUUAACGAAGGAGGCUAUCAGGCCGUCCCGGAGUUGGCGUUUCCUGGCGGCGCCCUAAUUGGCUGCUCGGCGGGCUUCUUGAACGUUCCCAAAAUCAAGGGCACCCACACUGCCAUGAAGUCAGGCAUGCUUGCAGCGGAAGCGGCCUUCUCUGCUCUCGCCGCGGACGAGACGGCCGGCACAAGCGGUGGCCGGGACGUCAUGCUGACGUCAUACUCCGACGCGCUCAAGGCGUCCUGGGUGUGGGACGAGCUGUAUCAGGCCAGGAACAUUCGGCCGGCUUUCCAUGCCGGGCUUUGGGGGGGGCUGGCCUACUCCGGCUUGGACCACUACGUGCUGCGCGGGCGAGCCCCUUGGACGUUCCACUGGAAAAAACCGGACCAUCAACACCUAGAGCCCGCAUCGCGGCAUCAGCCGAUUGAGUACCCCAAACCAGAUAACGAGAUCACGUUUGACCUUCUAACAUCCCUGUACAGGAGUAGCACCAAUCACGACCACAAUCAGCCGGCCCACCUCCGAUUGCGGGAUCCCUCCAUCCCCGCCACUGUCAACCAGCCGGUCUACGCAGGACCCGAGGGGCGCUACUGCCCAGCGCGCGUGUACGAAUAUGUCCCCGACGAGAAGAACCAGCCGCAGCUGCACAUCAACGCCCAGAACUGCCUCCAUUGCAAGGCAUGCGACAUCAAAGACCCGACUCAGAACAUCCAGUGGACCGUUCCGGAAGGAGGCGGGGGCCCUGGGUACUCCGUCAUGUAGCAUGCAGGCUCUUUGCAAACAGGGUCCCAAACGGCAGGAGUCGUAAAUCGACUCUCACAUUACUUCAUUACUUGGAAUGGGGAGUAGCGGUGUGCAUGGUCUGAACAAAGGAUGCGAGACGUGAAACAAGAUCAGUAUCAGAUGUCAAAUCAGUCGCAGGGACAUAUGCGGAAUUAAUAGUGCUAGCAUAAGCCAGGUUACAAAGCAAAAAUUGCACGACCAACCACGACCAGGCUCGAGCUCAGCUCUGCCAUGUGCAUAAAUGCGAGAGGUGGGGACUCCCCAUGCGGAGUCUGGCUCCCCAUGCAUAUGCGCAUAAGAUCAAGUGCUUGCAAGCAUCCAUGAGAAAGAUAACCGGCCU